GAACGCGCAAACGCCAGUGAUUAAACCCAUUCUGGCCGAGAGUGGCGAUACAGCUGACGGAGAAAAGUCAAGCGACGGAAGUGACGCCGAAAGACUUCCGUAUCCUGCCGCACAUGCGCAGACUAAGGGCGGAAUGAGCCCCGUGACGUGCCGUAGUUUUGGCGCGAAGUGUGAAACGUAAACAGGCUAAAAAUGGAGGACAACGAAACCGCAGCAGCUAAUCCCAAUGAAAAUGUAGAUACAAAGAGUUCAGAAAACCCACCUGAAGAAGCGGGAGGUACGCGGAAAGUAUCGGGAAACGAUGAGGUUUGUUGGAGCAGACUGAAGCUGUUUGAUAAAGUCAUGGAACAAAGCCUGCAGAGGUUCAUCGGCUGGGCUAGUUUCAACAGGUUUGCAAGCAUGUUCCAUCAGUUGUACAAGAUGAAUCCUCGGAGGAUGGAAAGCAUUCACAAGCAGUUUACAGAGGAGUUGCGGAGGGCGAUAAAGGAUGAUAUCAGCGCACUGAUUGAAGAAGGGAGACUAGAGACCAAACUCAAUGAGCUGGACAAACUGGAGCUUGCGGUCAAAGACAAUACGGACCCUGCCUGGCGUCCCUCUGGGGUUCCUGAACAAGACUUUAGCAGCUUUGUAAUGCCAUUCUAUCAAAAGCAGAAGGCUUACUUGCGGCUGGAGCUUAAAAAGAUCCAAGCGGAAAAUGCGGCCCUUGCGCUAAAGGUUCAGGCCGGCAGGGAGAGGAUUGCGCAGACUGAAAAUCAUAUUUCUACAGCUGUCGCCGACUGGAAGGCAUCAGUCAUGGAAUUUGAAAGCCUGGCAUCUUCUCUAUGCCCUGCAGAUGUUUUUGAUGUCUGAUUUUUCCAAAAAUAAUUGUUUGAAUUAAUUUUUAUAAUUGUAUCUACAGUCUUUGUUCGUUGUUGUUCUUGGAAUUAAAAUAAAAGGGCUUAAAACAUA